UAAAAAAUAAGUGAAUCAAAAUGAGGAUCAAGUCAAGUCUAUCACGUUCAAGACCAAUGCCAAUCCUACUCAAAAGUCGCGACUCACAAAGGCUCAAGACAAGAACUAUGUAAUGGGCAAUUUCCAUAAGCAAACAUGAAACCUUCAUCCAACGCCAACUUUUUACGCUUGCUUUCCUACACAAAGAAGCUAACAACCUUCGUUAAUCAUGGCUGCCACGACAAUGCUCUUUCUCUUUUUUAUCAUAUUCACUCUGCACUUGCUCUGCCUCUUGACUCUUAUGUCUUCCCGCUAACUCUUAAAUCUUGUUCAGCUCUUAAUCGCCCACUUCUUGGAACCUCCAUUCACGCCCAUUUAACCAAAACGAGUUUCCUAUCAAACCCAUUUGUGGGUUCUGCACUUGUUGAUUUUUAUGGGAAAUGUGUUUCUUUAUCAUCUGCACGCCAAAUGUUUGAUGAAAUGCCUCACAGAAAUGAUGUUGUUUGGAAUGCUAUGAUUUCACUUUAUGCACAUUCUAAUAAUAUUUCCAUGGCUUUGAGGAUGUUUGAUUCCAUGGAUAUUUCUCCUAACAUUUCGACUUUUAAUACGAUCAUCGAUGGUUUGUCGAGGUUAAAUGAUGGGUCUUACAAUGCUCUUGCAUUUCAUAGAAGAAUGCAGGAUUUUGGGUUGAGACCCAAUUUAAUUACUGCCCUUGCUUUGCUUUCUGCUUGUACAGGUGUAGGAAUUCUUAAAUUAAUCAAAGAAAUUCAUGGGUAUACCCUACGAAACGCCAUUGAUAUGAAUCCCCAGCUUAGAAGUUGUUUUGUGGAAGCAUAUGGGCGAUGCGGGUGUGUUAGUUAUGCUUGUUUCAUAUUUUAUAGUAUGAAAGAAUCUGAUAGAGAUGUAGUAACAUGGAGUAGCUUGAUUUCAACUUAUGCUUUACAUGGGGAAGCAAGAAAAGCCUUGGAAAUUUUUGAUGAAAUGGAAGGUGUAAACAUAAAACCAGAUGGGAUCACUUUGUUGGGUGUAUUGAAAGCUUGUAGUCAUGCCGGAUUGGCCGAUGAAGCGAAAAGAUACAUUGCAAGAAUGCACGAGGUUUAUGGUGUCGAAAUAACGAGUGAUCAUUACUCGUGUUUGGUGGAUGUGUUGAGUAGGGCGGGGAGACUAUAUGAAGCCUACGAGGUAUUGACAAAAAUGUCGGUAAAGGCAACCGCGAAUGCUUGGGGCGCUCUUUUAGGGGCUUGUAGAACAUAUGGUGAGGUAGAGCUAGCAGAGGUUGCUGCUAGAGCAUUGUUUGAGAUAGAGCCUGAUAAUGCUGCUAAUUAUGUGCUGUUAGCUAGGAUUUAUGCUAGUGCUGGAAGAUACGAGGAAGCGAAUAGGUUGAGGACCGAAAUGAAAGAGAGACGAGUGAAGAUAUCACCAGGUAGCAGUCGGGUUUAGUAGGUCGGAUUUCCCCAAGCGACAAGCUAAUCAAGGGGAUAGCGAUUACAAUCAAGUUCAAAGGGUUGUGUUGUGUGUGUGAUUCACCUUGAAAAAUGCUUCCAUGUGUUAGUUAUAGACUUAGCUUCAGGAUUUAGCAACAAUGAUCUUAGAUUUAAGCUAACGACAUGUUAGCACCUCAAUGCUACAAAAUUGCUCCAUUAAGAAGGCAUAUUUGAGUAUAAAAACAUUUUUUCUUGAGCUCUUAAAUUUAGAUUUUUUGCCAACCUCAUUCUUUUGGGAUCAAGAUUAUGAUAUUGUUGUUCGACAUGAUGAAUACAAGAGUGUGUUGUAUUUAGAGUUUGUUGUUCCACUUAAAAAGGUUUUUAAGAACAGGGUAGGCUGAGGGUAUGAGAAAGUUAUGGAGGGUAGGUUGCAAGAUCCAUCUAACACAAAACCUUACCUGAGGAUAGUAAUAUAACCCAAUUUUAAAUGCAAUGUUUGAUAUUGAGAAAGUUUCUAUAUAAUUAAUAUACUAGCUAAAGUUAAAACUACAACGUCAAUCUCUUAUUUUUUUUUUCCAC